CGGGCGGUCAACCAGGCCGAGUCCGGGGACUCUGCGAUGCUUUUUCUGUCCGGAUGCUACUCACUAUUUUUUUUCUCUUGGGAAGAUACUACUGGGUUUACAGCGAAAGAGCGUGUUACCUUUGAAGACUUAUUUGUCUCACGGUAUAAUUUGUCUUCCGCAGAUGCUGCCGCGGAGCAAUGAAUCGGUCUAUCUAGAGAUGCUCUUGGUCUUUUUGAGGCAUACCCUCCUCUGAUAUGCAAUUUGCAGUCCUGCGAGUCCGGUCCUUUCGGACCGGGUAUCCCGGCCGGUUGUCAUUGAUGCGAAGCUUCUCCUCGUCCUCGCGGCUAUACGAGAUCAGGGACAUUGCGAUACUCCCUCAGCGAGCCAUACCGGGCUAUCAAGGUGUGCGUUAUUGCAAUGCGGCAUGCAUGAGCAAUCGCUGACUUGGAGUGCUCCUCAACUAGAAUCGCAAGUGGGCGAUCUACUGUCCCUUCAAUGGCCAGCGCCGCCGCGCAACAUCCUUGUCGUGAAGAAGGACUGUGUUCCAGCAGUGACUGAAGCUCUUGUGGAAUUCGCUAAUCAUGCCACGUCUACCUACCCUUCGAUAUCAAUUAUCCUUGAACCUAAAGUAGCUGAGGAAGUCCAUGCAUCACUGCACGACCCCGUCUAUACUGCCUCUCUGGACCGCCUCCGACCAGCACUACAUAAAAAGGUGGAUCUGACCGUUACCCUGGGAGGAGAUGGGACUAUCUUACAUGCUUCAUCGCUAUUCGCGACGUGCUACAAUGUACCCCCAAUGCUCUCCUUCAGCAUGGGCACGCUUGGAUUUCUCAGUGAAUGGAAGUUUCCCGAGUAUAAGCGAGCGUUCCGUGAAGUCUACAUGUCUGGAGCAGGCGUAGGAGAUCGCGCAACAGUGUUAGGUGAUGUGCGACCGACGGCCGACGAUGAAUCACUGGAUCAAGACGUGGGCCCGACGGGCUGGUCAUCGGUACGGGGGAAGUCCAUGGGUCUGACGCGGGGGGCUCGAAUACUUAUGCGCAACCGACUGAAGGUGGGACUUUUCACGGCCGAUGGACAGCCGAUACGGCAAGAAGCAUCUUCGAACCCUCUGCCGGGCAUUUGGGACCGUCGGGGGCUUUAUGUUAUGAAUGAGGUGCUGCUGCACCGCGGUAAAGAGCCGCAUCUGGCGGUAGUCGAUGUCUACGUCGGUGGUCGCUUUCUGACGGAGGCGGUGGCCGAUGGGAUUAUCAUAUCGACGCCCACAGGAAGCACAGCAUACAGCCUGAGCAGUGGCGGCAGUAUCGUACACCCUCUCGUCCCUGCCGUGCUCUUGACACCAAUCUGUGCUCGAAGCUUGAGCUUCCGGCCGUUGGUGCUACCGUCGAGUACUCCAAUCACACUACGUCUGAGCGAGAAGAAUCGCGGACGUGAGCUGGAGGUCAGCAUCGAUGGGGUGAACAUGAGUCAAGGGAUGACGGCUGGGAUGGAGGCGCGAGUGUGGAAUGAGGAGAUGCGGCACGGUAAAAAUGAAUGGCAAGGGGGGGUGCCAUGUGUAAUGCGGAGGAUCACUGGUGGAGAGGCACAUGACGGUUGGGUGGGUGGACUUAAUGGAUUAUUGAAGUUCAAUCAUCCAUUCGGUGAGGAUCGCUGAUGGCUCUGUUCGACUAUGCUGUUUGGGACAGGCACAGGCAGGGCAUGAAUUUCCAUGAAUAGGCUAUAUAAUUCCAGGCUUUCCAGAACAUAGCCCUAGCCUAAACUCGGGUUUCCUAUUCUAUACAAGAUAUACCAAUCAAGC